AUGAAGCAGGAAGUGCUUCUCCCCGCCAUGUUGGUCACCAUUGCGUUGCUCGUUCCCCCGUCAUCCUUGACCGCCCAGCACCAGCCAGAUGAUGCAAACCUCCUACAUGUGACCAUCACGUCCGGUCUGAGCACUUCAGGCGAGCUGGGCGAUUCGCUGACGUUGCAAUGCCUGGUGUCCCUGGCCCGUCCGCUGCCAUCCCCCACCACCAACAGCCGGCAUGCCGCCCUCUCUCUUCCCCGCAUCAGGUGGAGCCUGAUAGACAAGGAGGAAACGCAGAUCCUGGUGGCCCGCGGCGACACCGUGCAGGUGAGCGAGGCCUACCGGGGCCGAGCCUCGCUGCCGCAUUAUGCCGUUUCCCCCGCAGACCUGACUCUCCGACUGGAGGGGCUGAGUUACAGUGACGCCGGCAAGUACCGGUGCCACGUGCAGCAAGGACCUGACUACGACUAUGAUGUCAUUCAAGUCCAAGUCAAUGGUUUGGUCUUCCAUCUCGGUGAAUCGUCGAGAAGUCCCCACGACUUCACCUUUGAGCGGGCCUACGAGGCCUGUAUCAAGAACGGGGCCCAAAUGGCCACGCCGGAGCAGCUGGUGGCGGCCUAUCACAGUGGGUACGAGCACUGCCAUGCAGGCUGGCUCUCGGACCGCUCGGUCAGAUAUGUAGUUCAGAAGCCGAGAGAGGACUGCUUGGGCCUCAUGGAAGGACAUCCAGGAGUCAGGAACUUUGGAACACUGGAGCCUCAGUACUUCGUUGAUGUCUACUGCUAUGUGGGCCACAUUGCAGGUGAGGUGUUCCAUGGCUCGGAUUCGGCCCCCCAGGGUUUUACCCUCGAGGAGGCCAAGGCGUACUGCCUGAGUGAGGGUGCGGAGCUAGCCAGCCCCGGCCAGCUGUACGCACUCCAGAACCACCAUUGCGGGUCAGGGUGGCUGAAGGACGGCAGCGUGCGCCGCCCCAUGGCCUUCCCCCAGGGGCGCUGCGGGGAGGUGCGAGGCAACCAGACGGACUUCCCCGAGGCUAGUAGCCGCCAUGACGUCUUCUGCUUUAGGGAGGAAACAGCCACUAGUAGUGAGGUGGUUCAGACAGUCCAUCCUGUCACACAAAACCCUCUGAAGACUGAGUCCCGGACUUCAUAUGAGCCUCAUCCUGAGUCUGAGAGUCAUCCAGCAUCUCCUGUCAGCCUGGAGAUCUCCACAGAGACAACAUCUAGACCAGUGGAGCUCACCAGCCCCUAUGAGGAACACUGGAACACUUCUGGAACUGAUGCUGGUACUGGAAAUGUGGAUUUGAUGUCAUCUCCCACGGAAGAAGCAGGUUCCUCCACCACCGUGUCGCCCGCUUUGAACAGCAACAACACACUUGAAGACCAUCCAGAGUCUGGAGAGGAGAUCGUAACAACUGACUCCUUGGUUACUACAGAAACCAAUGCAAUCACCUCAUCAGAACCAUCUCUGGAUUCAAGUGAGGAGCCCUCUGGUGUGGUGUCCAUCACGCCGGCGACACCCGAGAUCCUGACGGUUGACGUAGACCGAACGUCCUUCCCUGGGACGCCUUCUGGGAUCCCGUCCAGUUCCUCCCCAGAGGUGAUUACCCUAAUCCCAGAAAGAAUGGAAAUGGCGGGACAUCUGGAAGCAGUACCCAAUACCGCCAAUACUGCCAAUACUGCCAAAAUGUCUGGAGAAAGUCUAGAAGUAAAUCCAGAAACGGUAUCAAACCAGACCGACUCACUGGACCACCAUACCAAUUCUGGAACACCUCCUCCAUCGGGGACUACUUCCUCCACACAGCAGGUGGCUGGAUUCCACAUGGAGUCCAGCACUCCACUUCCUGUUGAGUGGGAUGAAGCCACCAGCACCACAAGUGGACCAGAAGGAGGACACAACGAGACCAACACUGAUGUGGUCUCAGUUCAAAGAUGUUCCAGGUGUCACUUUGAAGACCAAACCAUGAAGAGCGUAACCCACCCAACUGUGGAACUGGAAGAACCCACAGCCAUGGCUGCUAGACAGGAAGUCAUCCUAGACCUGUGCGGGGUUGAACCGUGUUUGAAUGGCGGCACAUGCGUGGAUGGUGAGAUGCCCAAGUGUCUCUGCCUCCCCGGGUACGGCGGCGCCUUCUGCCAGUCAGAUGUUGAGGUGUGCGAAGCUGGCUGGGAGAAGUUCCAAAGCUUCUGUUACCAUCAGGUGACCACGCGGCAGAGUUGGGAGGGAGCAGAACAACACUGCCGGACGAUCGGCGGACAUCUCAUGUCCAUCAUGACCCCUGAGGAGCAAGACCACAUCAACGAAAAAUACCGAGAAUAUCAGUGGAUUGGACUGAACGACAAAACCAUCGAGGGAGACUUCCGCUGGUCCGACGGAAACCUUCUGAUCUACGAGAACUGGCACCGAGGGCAACCCGACAGCUACUUCCUGUCCGGCGAGGAUUGCGCUGCAAUGGUUUGGCACGACGGCGGGCGCUGGAGCGAUGUGCCCUGCAACUACCAUCUGUCCUUCACCUGCAAGAAGGGCCUCUCGUCCUGCGGGAAGCCUCCGGCGGUUCCCAACGCCAAGCCGUUCGGUAAAACGCGGGCACACUACGGGACCCUCGCCAAGGUGCGCUACCGUUGCGACGCGGGCUUCGUGCAGAAACUGAACCCGAUCGUCAGCUGCCUGCCGGGCGGCCGCUGGGAGGAGCCCGUCAUCAUGUGCCUGCCAGCUGGUUCUUAUGAGGCUGAGCAGCUCAGUUCAACCGCUGACUUACAUCACGACGAGGAGGCGGAAGCGGUCACGGUGGUUCACACACAAAGCAGCUCUUCGCUCCCUGCACAUUGA